AUGGCUGCACGCUCCUUCACCAUCUUCCAGGACGUCCCGUCAUCGCCGAAGGCGUCGGUCUUGAAGGCCACGACCUCCGUUCUCUCAUCCGCGACUUCGACAAAUGUCGGCAAGGUUGUCACACUGUCCAGUCUGUCCGCGGAGGCAGACAAGGAAAAUCUCGAUCCCUUGACUGGCGAGCGUGUUAAUGCCAGCUCUAAUUGCAAGAGCAAGAAGCGCAAGAACAGUGCAUCGUCUUCCAAGGCCCUUGCCUGCGUCGAGACUAAAAAGCUCAAGGAAGAUCUGGAGCCUCAGGUUGAAGAAACACAAGUCGUCUGCGUCACGAGCAAGAAGUUGCGUGCAGCUUCACCUCUGCCUCCGGUUGAGGAAGAGGUCGCCGAAAAUAUCUCUCCGGAGGGCAACGACACUACUGCAGCACCGCCUCUGACACAAGCCGAGAUCGACGCCAAGUGCUAUGAGCUCACCGUUAAGCCUCUGGCAGACGUCUCCCAGGCUUUCGAGCAGGCCCCGGGUGUUGAAGAAUGGUUUGCGGAUGUCCCAGAAGACGACCUUGAGUCAAAGGUUCAGUUCGUAAAAGAGACAUCCCAGGAACCUGAGCUACGCGACUUUUUCACUCCUGCCCAUUUGGGCUACGCCAGUGUUGGCUCUAGUCGUUCUUCCUCCACCAUCGGCUCCCAGGAACCGAAAGUGUUCACCACUCCCGAUCGCAAACAAAUCUAUCACGCAUUCACCUUAGCGUCACCCUCGCCCAGACGUCCUGCUAAAAUCACCAGGUCAACUUCUCUUCCGCGACUCGUCAUUUCGAGCCCCGCCAAGACAGAAUCAUAA